AUUCUACCCACCUACUGUAAAAUCAAUGCUCUCCAGACUCUUAUCCAUCUUACAACAUGCUUCUCUUUGCUCUCUGUCUCUUCUUACUGAGCUCUUACAAGCCUUCUUCUGCUACAACAUCAUCCAACUUAAUCACUGACCAACAAUCCCUUCUUGUUCUCAAAGACCAUGUCACUAGUGACCCUCAUAAAUUCUUGCAAAAAAAUUGGUCUGCUACAACUAAUCCUAACAUAUGCAACUGGAUAGGCGUUUCUUGUGGCUUAAAACAUCAACGAGUCACGGCCUUAGACCUCUCCUACAUGGAUCUCAGAGGCACCAUUCCUCCGCAUAUCGGAAACCUCACUUUCCUUGCUUCACUUGAUCUUACUUCUAAUAGUUUCCAUGGUGCUAUACCAAAAGAAUUGUCUGGUCUGCGUAGACUAGAGAAAAUUUACUUGGAAUCCAACAACUUUACUGGAUUAGUACCUUCUUGGUUCGAGUCGUUGCCAAAACUCCGAACACUGUCCCUGAAAAACAACAGCUUAGUAGGGAUCAUCCCGGUUUCUCUAGGCAACAUUGGUAAACUUGAAAUCUUGAGCCUUUCAUAUAAUUAUUUAAAUGGACAUGUUCCAGAAGAGCUAGGGAACCUUUCGAGACUUUGGUUCUUGGACUUGAAAUAUAACCAGCUGACAGGUUCAGUUUUUAAGGCCAUCUUCAAGUUAUCUGCAUUGACGAGAGUUGAUUUAACAGGUAACGGGUUCUCUGGUAGUCUCCCAUUGGAUAUGUGUGAUCGUGUCCCGAAUUUGGAAGGAUUGUUCAUCUCUCAGAAUCAGUUUUUCGGGCAAAUUCCAUCUAGUUUAUACAAGUGCAAGACACUUCAGUACCUGUCAUUAUCUUAUAAUGGAUUCGAUGGUAGCAUACCGAGAGAAAUUGGAAACUUGACUAUGCUAAAAUCGCUAUAUCUUGGUGACAACCAGUACAAAGGUUCUAUCCCAAUGGAGAUAGGUAACCUUAUCAAUUUGGAAAUACUGAGCUUAAAGAAUGGGUCCCUAACAGGAGUCAUACCUUCUUCUAUCUAUAACAUUUCAUCCUUAACAAUGCUUGACUUGUCAUUCAACAAGCUCACUGGAAAUAUAUCAUCCAGUGUGGGGAAUUUUCAGAGUCUGCAAGAGUUCUAUUUGACACAAAAUAUGUUCACGGGAAGCAUACCUCGGGAGAUUGGAAAUCUUACGCUGCUUAAGCUUCUUUAUCUUCAUAGUAACAAUUUGACUGGUUUACUACCCCAAGAGAUUGGAGACCUUACAACUCUCGAGAGGUUUGGCAUACACGACAACAGCCUCACAGGCAUCAUUCCGGUCAGAAUCUACAAUAUGUCAUCUUUAAAGGUGCUUGAUUUAGGUCGAAAUCAACUUUCAGGAAGUUUACCAUCAAGAAUUAAUUUACCAAAUCUUGAAGAGCUUUACCUAGCUGGUAAUGAGCUGAGUGGAACAAUUCCUAGCUCUAUUUCAAACGCUUCUAAGCUUACCAUUCUAAGCUUGACAAGCAACUCAUUCACCGGAUCCAUACCCAAUACCAUUGGUAACUUGAGACUCCUGCGACGCCUCUUGCUCGGAGAAAAUAAUCUAACAAGAGAAUCUUCUAGUAUGGAGUUGAAUUUCAUUUCUUCUUUAACCAACUGCCAACAUCUGGACUUGUUAUCUAUUUCACUGAAUCAGCUAAAUGGAGUCCUUCCAAAAUCAAUUGGUAAUCUCUCAACCUUCCUUACUACAUUUGAAGCAUUUGGAUGCAAAUUAAAAGGUGAAAUUCCUACUGAAAUCGGAAGCUUGACUGGUUUGGAAGCUAUACUUCUUGAUAACAAUGAGUUGACAGGACAUAUUCCACCAACUCUGCAAAGAUUAAAUAAUUUGGCACGUUUAUAUCUUGAACAUAAUAAGUUACAAGGAUCCAUUCCGAAUGAACUUUGCCGGUUAAAUAACCUAGGAGACUUAUAUUUAAGUGAUAACAAGCUGAAUGGAUCGAUACCAGUAUGCUUGGGUGACCUUAGAUCAAUGCAAAGGCUAUAUUUGGAUUCCAACCAACUGAAUUCAACCAUACCGUCAAGCUUAUGGAGUCUAACCGAUCUUAUUGGUCUUAACUUGUCGUCAAAUAUGAUUAGUGGUUCUAUUUCUAUGGAAAUUCAGAACCUGAAGCAGAUAACAGAAAUCGGCUUGUCAUGGAACCAAUUAGACGGCUAUCUACCAAGUACCAUUGGAGGUGCCCAAAUGCUUAUUUAUUUGUCUGUAUCACACAAUAAACUGCAGGGAUCACUUCCACGAACACUGGGAAACUUGAUAAAUUUGGAAUUCUUGGAUCUAUCUAAUAACAGAUUUUCUGGAGAAAUUCCCAAGUCUUUGGAGGCAUUAAGAUAUCUCAAUUAUUUCAAUGUGUCAUUCAAUAGCUUGCAAGGGAAAAUUCCAACAGGCGGAUUGUUUUCUAACUUCACACUGCAAUCAUAUCUUGAAAAUGACGGGUUGUGUGGUAUUCCAAGUAUGCAAGUGUGCAAGAAUGAGGCUCACCGAAAAUCAUGGUCCAAAUAUGUGAGAAUACUGAAAUAUAUUGUGCCAUCAAUAGCAGUAUCAACCCUUGCACUAUUUUUGAUUUUUGUUGUGAUAACACGGAGAAGAAGGAACAUAAGAUCAUCAAGGCAAGUUAGUUUAUCACCUAGUGCAUGGGAAAGGUUCACAUAUGCUGAAAUUGUAAAAGCAACGAACUCAUUUUCUGAAAGUAACCUGAUUGGUGAAGGGGGUAUGGGAUCAGUCUACAGAGGAAUACUUCCAAAUGGGGUGAACAUUGCAGUGAAAGUUUUCAACCUGCAUUCUGAUAGAGCCCUCGAAAGUUUCAAUGUAGAAUGCAAUAUUAUUGGUAGCAUACGUCACCGUAAUCUUAUAAAGAUCAUCAGCAGUUGCACAAAUCUGACAUUCAGAGCUUUGAUACUGGAAUACAUGCCUAAUGGUAACCUGGAGAGCUGGUUGUACUCGCAGAACAGGUGUUUAGAUGUCCUGCAAAGGAUAAACAUAAUGAUCGAUGUGGCUUCAGCCUUGGAAUAUCUUCAUCAUGGUCUCCCAACCACAAUUGUACACAGUGAUCUUAAACCUAGCAAUGUCUUGCUUGAUGAAGAUAUGGUUGCACAUGUUUGUGAUUUUGGUAUUUCACAACUCUUAGGAGAGGAAGAGCAUAUGACACAGACCAGUACGCUGGGUACAAUUGGGUAUAUGGCACCAGAAUAUGGAACGGAAGGAAUAGUAUCUGCAGAAGGUGAUGUCUACAGUUUCGGUAUUUUGCUGCUGGAAACUUUUACAGGGAAAAGGCCAACUGAUGAAAUGUUUUCUGCUGAACAAAACUUGAUAAGUUGGGUAAAUGAGGGAUUACAAGGUUCAGUAAUAGAAGUGACAGAUGAAAAGCUAGCAGAUCAAGGCCAGGAACUCACAUCUUCGGAACUGCAAUGUAUCUCAUCUGUCUUCAAACUAGCCAUGAAUUGUUCAACAUAUACACCUAAGGAAAGGACAAACAUGGCAGAAGCUGCGGGAAGACUCGAUAAAAUCAGGAACAAGUUCCUAGCAGAAAUAGAGCAGGUGAAAAAUUUACAAUUUCAAUAAUAUUCGGGCAUGUGGACAUAAGUUAAUCCACAGGAAACAGGAUUCAAGAUACCAAACAGGGGUUUUACAUUAAUUUUCAAAAAUGUGGCUUGAUUUCUAAAUUCAUCGAAUGGUGGCUGGAUUUCGUCUUUGCCUUUCAAAAA